AUGAUGAGUUGUCAAGUGAUGGGCAUCUGUGAAUAAAACAAGAGUGUUCGUGUUUCUUAUAUUUUUCACAGUACUUCACAGUACAAUACUCACACUUAUUUUAGAGGAAAUUGUGUAAAAACUCGCAGGGAUUGUUGAAGAUUGUGGGGACAUUGGAGUUUUAGUGAUAUAACUUGGUUUGGGGGUGAUUUUUCGUGUGGUAAAGUUGGGACGAUAUGAAUCGACGAUCGCCGAGUCUUAGCCCGGACGGUGGGUAUCGCUAUAAGGAGAAGCGUAGCGAUAGGGACUACGGAAGAAGACGCCGAAGCCGCUCUAGGGAGCGCUAUGGACGGUCUCGUCGCAGCAGAUCGCGUAGCCGCAGCCCGCGGUCACACUACGACAAGCGCCGGAGCAGCGACAGGGACGCCUACAAUCCCGACCAGGAGGACUAUCAUGGGGAGCGCGAUAAGGGAUACUAUGGCCACCGUGAGAGAGAUCGAAGGGACAGGGAUGGCAGAUCAAGGCGUCGCAGCUAUUCGCCCAAUUUCGACGAUGAGUACGACAGUCACGACAGUGACACUGGCGAGCGAUACACCACGCAAAUACCGUACAAUAAAAUAAUCGUGAGAGGAUUGGCUCAGCACAUCACGGAAGCGGAUAUUAGCAGCGAUUUGAUGCAGUACGGCUUGAAACCUGUGUCCAUUCGUUUGAUACGGAGAAAGAAGACAGGUGCGUCACGAGGAUUCGCAUUUGUCGAGUUUAAUACUGAACAGGAGGCAACACGUUGGAUGGAAUAUAAGCAGGGCAUUCUUAUGCUCCAGGAUCAAUAUCGUGCUAUUAUGCAAUACAGUAUCACGAAGGAGCCUCCCAGCGUGACGAAGGAUAAAUAUGUUACGGAUUGGUAUUGUGCCAAGUGCGGCGUUUUGAAUUUCAAGCGACGCGACAACUGCUUCAAGUGCUACGCUUCGCGGGAGGAGAGCGAGAAGGGAGGCGAAGGGAGUGAUGAAGUCAGCAAUAUCCUGACAAAAAAAAUCAUGCUGAGGAAUUUGGACGUGCUGACAAAUGAGGAGGGUGUAUUGACGAUGAUGCAGGAAGUUGUUCCUACGCUUGUAUCGAAAAUCGCCAAGAUUCUCAUAUGUCGUGAUCCCUUGACAUCAACAUCGCGCGGCGUGUGCUAUCUGUCUUUUGACAAUUUGGUGGAUUCCAUGAACACCCACAAUGCCCUCAAGGGGCUCGAGGUGCCGCUUAAGAUAGACAAUCGUGAGGUGUUGAUUUCGUAUUGUGUGGAUCCAGAAAAUCCCAGUGCGGUGAAGCAGCAGCAAUUGAAUGCGAAGACAUCGCAAGGAUCAGGUGAUUCCCCAGGGAAUUACCAAGGGAACAACUAUCAGUACACAAUGGCAGAUGUACCACGUUUGGCGGAGUACAGUGCAAAUAUGUAUGCGUCAAAUUCAGUUGAGCAUGAGCACUACUUGAAAUACUAUACACAGUACUAUAUGGGGCAGAUAUCCAAGGGACAAUUUAGCAAUUUGCCCACAAUGUCUCAAAUGGGGGGUGAGACGGCAAAUUCGGGGGCGGCUGUGGCCCAGUCAGCCAUACAGAGGAAACAGAUUGCUCAACAAGGUGGAAAAUACCAUGGUAAGGGUGAUACAUCGAGUAACUCAGCAAAUUCAGCACCAAUACAGACUCCCAGGGGGACAGACGGAAAGAAGUACCCCACGCCCGAUGUGUCACAGUAUCAGUAUGAUGAGACAUCGGGGUACUACUAUGAUCCAACUACGGGUUUGUACUACGAUGCAAACUCACAGUAUUACUACAAUAGUGAGAUCAAUGCAUAUUUGUACUGGGACAAUGACAAGAGCACGUACGUUUUGGCAUCGAGUGCAGCGGCAUCCCAGGCGUCUUCGGCAUCAGCGGCGUCCGCUCAAGUGAUGUCUGAGGGUGAUGGUGAGAAUGUGCGGUUCCCCGUGGGUGAGGAUGGGCGACGUGAGACGCGCAGAGAAGUGGCGAAGCAGGACAAAGUGAAGGUGGCGAAGAAGAUUGUGAAAGAUAUGGAGAAGUGGGCGAAGCAGCUGAAUCAGAAGAAGGACAUGAACAUGAUGAUGCCAAUGCCUGUGAAGGAGGACAACAAUCAGGGCAAGAGCAAUUCGCAGAGUGGCUAUGCCGAUGUGGGAUUCAGUAUAUUGGAGAAGAAGGAGAAGACAAAUCUGAAAUAUGGCACAAAUGAUGGUGCAUCGGGGAAGCUGGUGGCGGCCUAUGGUUCAGAUUCGGAGAAUGAUCAGGAGGAAGGUGGUGGUGGUCAUGGUGAUGGCGCUGCGCCGGCCAAUGAGAAGGACUAUGUGGACUUUGAAAAAUUGACUUGUCUGCUGUGCAAGCGGGCAUUCCAAUCGCCGGACAUUCUGCAGAAGCACCUGCAGAAGUCGACGCUGCACCUUGAGAAUAUGCGACGAUACAACUUGUCACGUGGUGACGGUGAUGCCGCAGGUAAUGCGGGGCAGUCGUAUCGUGACAGGGCGUUGGAGAGGAGAUUGAAGUAUGGCGAACCGGAUCCACCGCCGCCGAAUCGCAGCAAGGAGCGAUUCCAGCGGGAGAUUGAGAAGCAAUCCACGACUGUGCCGUCCUCAGCGGCGUCCAGCAGUGUGCCAAUCGGACAGAACAAUGUGGGUAAUAAAUUGCUGCAGAAGAUGGGCUGGACGGAGGGACAAGGCUUGGGCAGGAGCAAUCAAGGGCGCACAAAUAUCAUUGAGACGGAAAGUCGAGCACCAGCAGCGGGUUUAGGCACUAAGGCGAGUGCUUUUGGUCCUGGAGACGAUUACAAAUCCUACAUAAAACGUAUGAUGAAGACGAGAUAUGAACAAGUGGAUAUCAAGGAUUAAUUUUAUUGUCGAAAUGUGGCUUUGGGAGUGGAAUUAAUAGGAAUCACCGUGAGUAAAUAUACUUCUUUUUAUUUACUUUUAAUAUACAUUUGUAGGUAUAUGUACGAAAAUGCUAAUAUAUAAAUUUCUCCUCCCUUUUCUACGGAUAAAAUAAGAUAUUAUUGUAUAGAGAGAAUGAAUGUUUGCCGAAUGUGAGUAAAGAAAUAUAUACGCUUAGGAGAAGAGAUGUGAAAAUUCUAGCAUAAGAUUUUAAUUUCCGGUGACGAGUCACCGUUUAAUUUUAGUUUGCAUAUAAUCUGAAUAUAUUGAUGGAAAAAUUGCUAUCUGUAUAAGUGAAGUAAUCUGAAUAAAUAGUGAAAUGAAAUUCGA